AUUGGGACGCAUUACAUAGGUUCCAGUUGAAGCUACGGGGUGAUUGCGCAUCGAGUUGACAUGUUCACGGGAGCACUCCGUCUCGCCGGGAGUUUCGUCUGGGCAGCUUGAUCCGGAACGUCCACGAUACGGAGCCGGGAGGCUGCACCGGCUACCGGACACGAUGAUCGAGUCUUGCCUGACCAGCCGCGGCCAAGCCGCGUCCCACUAGAACGUUGGGCAGAUGCAUAAAAGGAGGGCGGGCAUGGCGGAAGUGCCCCCAGCACCAGCUCAUACACACUGCUCCGCUCGUGUCCUGAUAGGUUUACGAACGCCUGACGACUCAUCAUGUCCACCAAACUCACGACAGUCCUCAUCUUUUGCUUCGCCGUGCUCAUCGCUCUGGCUUCUGCCAUUCCGGUGAAACGCGAUGUCUGGGAUCCUAGGAUCAUCACGCCCAACGCACAAACCGUGUGGUUGACGGGGCAGAAGUACAACGUAACGUGGGAGACCGACGACGCGCCAGUUAACAUCACGAACAGCAUCGGUCGUGUCGUGCUUGGCAAGAGCGGCAUCCAGAACAAAGGCAAGCAUUCCGCUUGGAUCGAAUGGUCUAUGCCAGUACUGACCGCGACGUCGGCCCCAGCCGUGCUUGCGGGUAACUUCUCUAUAAGGCUUGGAAGUAUCGAGAUCACCGUUCCCGACGACCUUGAACCCGGCUUUGACUACGACAUCGUUUUGUUCGGCGAUUCCGGAAACGAAAGUCCCCUAUUCGCCAUCCUGUAA